AUGGUGGUGCCGAUCUACAAGAAAUGGGAAGCAAGCUCGGCCCGCAUUCAAAUCGUGCAACGCGAGAAGAUCAUCCAGCUCAUUGCUUUCUUCAGCGACUUCCAGCACGGCACUUGCAUGAACUUUGUUUUGAAGGGCACCGAUCAGAUAGAGUCCUUCACACGCUCUGGCAAGUUUGGCAUCCGCAUUAUUGACGCCAAGUUUGCGUUGCCUAGCAAGGAAGAAAGUGCCGCCUCGGGCUUUGUCUGCUUGGACAUGCCUGAAUAUCCAAUUGAGCACGACGACAUUGCCAUUGCUUUUGACAAAGAACCCGGUUAG